AACAGCCGGCGGGCACAUAGUGGACAUUAACCAGAGAGAAGGAUUCAACAACGGAGACAGAGAGACAGGCCUUUUUAGACGGUCUCUCUCACACAACCAAUUUUCUCGGCAAGAGGCAAACCAUUCAGCAUGUCGCGAGGAAGCUUUGUCUUCACAUCCACGGCCUUGCGCUCCCUUGAACUUGAUGAAGACAUGCUUGAGAGACACAAGUACAAAAAGCAACUGACCUCCCAUCACUUCAACAGCUAUAUGCUGAAGAAGGAGAUCAGGGACAGGACACCGCUGAGGUUCAGCACUGACACGCCACCAACUGUCUGCCAAGAUGUGGUCGUCCAGAACGCUCUGUAUACAGGAGACCUGGAGGCAAUGCAGCAUGUCUUUCCUAGAGGAUCCACAGUGAACCUCAUUAUCGAGCCACAGGGAGGGGACAUGCGCUGGGUCCCUACAGGCGAAGGACUGUGGUCAUUGAGUUAUGAGCAGGAGCUGACCACACCGCUUCACAUCACAGCUGGCCGAGGCUUCACCGAGUGCCUGAGACUCCUGCUGCAGCGUGGGGCCAAUGUGGACUUGGCCCCCAGAGGCACCACAGCUCUGCAUGAGUCCUGUGAAAACUGCCAGCCAGAGUGUACCAAACUGCUGCUGAUCCAUGGCGCCAACGCCAAUGCUCUCACCGAAGACGGCCUUAUGCCUUUGCACUUUUGUACAAGCCCCGAGUCUGUUGGAUGUGCCAAGUAUCUCCUUCAGUACGGUGCAGCAAUCAGUGGUCGCACUCUAGAUGAAGGUGACACUCCCUUACAUGUGGCAGCCAGCAACGGCCUCCCAGAACACACCGAGCUCUACCUGCGCUAUGGAGCUGCUGUGGACAAACAGAACAAUGAGGGUGUCACGCCCCUGAUCGCUGCAUGUUCAGAACCCCAGGAGGUGCAGGAGCUUGAACGUUACUUCAAGGUGUGCCAGAAGCUGCUGGCGGCUGGGGCCGACGUCCACGCUAUGGACCAGGACAAAAACACUGCUUUGCACAAGGCCUGUAAGAAUGUAAAUCCAGAUGUAGUGGAUCUGCUGCUGGCUAACGGGGCCUGCGUUAACGAUAUGGGGUACGGUGGCGAAGCCCCCAUGCACAACAUCCUGAAGGUGGUAUGCUACAAGGUUUCCCAUCACCCUGAGAGGAUCGUCCGUGCACUGCUCAACCAUGGUUCUAUUCGGGUGUGGCCUGGAGCUCUGCCCAAGGUUUUGAAGUACUGCUGUGGAUCGCCACGCACCAUCGAAGUUCUUCUGAACGCCUACAGUCACCUUAAAGUCACAGACACCUGGGUGGAGUCUGUGUCAUCGGAAAUGUUGAAGGAGCACAAAGAGUUCUACGAGUCCAUCUUCUCUUUGGCACAGACUCCUCGCUCCCUGCAGCACUUGGCACGCUUCAGACUCAGGACCUUCCUGGAGGGCCGGGUACAUAAGGUGGUUCCUAAACUCGAUCUGCCCACCUUCAUCAAGAACUACCUGCUCCUGGAGUACAGAGGCUAUGUCCACUGAAAGAACUUUGUGUGUAGCCUGUGCCAGUGUGGGUCCUGGGGACGACUAAAUGCUGUUGUGUUUAAGGACGAAGCAGCUGUUUACAAUAUAAUAAGUCAGAGCACUAGCACUAGUAUCACUAUACAUCAGCACACUUAAUAUUUUUUAAAUACAUUUUGUGCCACACAUUUCAAGAGGAAGAAGCAGCUGCUUGCGCUCAGUCACUUUUAUUCCAGUUACACGUUUGAUAGGGCACCACAAGAGGGAGCUGUAGACUAGAGUUGAUCAAAUACAUGGCGGCAGAUCCACUAUUGGAUGUUUUAUAUUUGUUCUAAAUGUAUGAAGUGAACACUUUUGUAUCUUACUUCGGCACGUAAUAGUAUUUUCAGAUGCUUGUAUUUUUAUACAUGAUAAUUAUCAUGGUAGUUUGAUGUUAAUGUGCGUAGUGAUGGUGUGUUGUGCAUUAAAGAUUGCCUUAAAAUAUUUACAUAAAUAAGUAUUCCCACCAGUAUGUAAUUAGGCAUUUUAUAAUAAAAUAAA